GUCCAAUACACUUGUUCCCUUUACGUUUGAUUAAAUUCACCUUUAUUAGAAUGAAGUGGCAGUUCAAAUUGGCACUCACUGGGUUCACACACACCAGCUGCUCACACACCUCGUCCUAUCCAAUUGACGCUCCUGACAUGCAGCGUCACUCCAAAAGCCAAACCAGCUGGCUCUCAUUCCAAGCACAGUUGCGUGGCGUGGCGCAAUCCACCACCCCAACAAAACCACAGCCAAAUACCAGUUUAGGCUCCAAAGAUAGCUGCUGUUACGCAUAGGGGCCUUUGUCCCUGCUCACAGUCGACUUCUUGGCUUUGGCGUGGUGCUGAGGCGCCUCGCUCCUCUUACUUUAAAGGACAGCGCUUUCGAAGGACCGUUCUCGUCGGAGCACAACAGAACCUGUUGAGCCAGUGCUGGGUGGAUGAACGCUGAAAGGAAAGGCUCUUAAACAGGACAGCCCUCCUUAAUGAGUCCCCUUUACCAAUGUGUGGUAGAAGAGGAACGAUAACUGGACAGAUAAAAUCCUCUUGACGUCUGCAGGCCUUCGCUUAUUCUCCAGCCCAACCAUGAGGGACCGACUCAGCAACCUGCAGGAGAUGUCCACUGUCCAGGUGGAGCAGAUGGAGUAUGCGGACUCCACCGGCUCCGACACCUUGAGCAACGUGGACCUGGAAGAGGAGCUGUCCCACGAGGCCGUGGUGUUCGGCGACAGCCCUGACCUGGAAGGGGUCUUUUCCCAGUCACAGGACAUCCACAGAGAGAUCCAGCUCAUCCGCCUGGACGUUAAAAAGCUUCGCGAGCAGAACUCUCGCAUGACCAAGGGCGUCACCACCAUGAGCAUCAUCAAGAAGGACUCCAACGCCAUCGGCGCCGACAUAAAGGGCCGUGCCGAGGGCGUGCUGGCCCGCCUGAAGGAGAUGGACGGCACCGCCCACGAGCUGGAGGAAGCACACGGCUCGAACUCUGCCGCCACGCGCAUCGCCAGAACCCAGUACGCUUGCCUCAGCAACGGCUUCCGCGACGCCAUGUUUGACUAUAACGAGGCCGAGAUGAGCCAUCGGGAGAACAUUAAAGCCCAGAUCCAGCGGCAAAUGGAGGUGGUGGGACGCGAGGUGACUGGAGAGGAGUUGGAGGAGAUGAUGGAGAAAGGCCAUUGGAACACCUUCACCGACAACAUUAUGGCUGAAGGCAAGACGGCUCGAUCGGCGCUCUCCCAGAUUGAGAAACGUCACCAAGAGCUGCUGGACCUGGAGACCCGUAUCAGCGGCAUCCACGACGUCUUCCUGGACGUCGCCCUGCUGGUGGAGGAGCAGGGCCCCAUGCUGAACACCAUCCAGACCAACGUUCAGAAAACCGACGAAGGCGUAAAGGAGGCCCUCGUCAAACUCAGCAGGGCGCAACGUCAUGACAAGAACAACCCGUUUAAAAAGAUGUUUUGUAGCUGUUUCCCAUGUGUCGACUGAUGAGGAAUAUGUGCUGACCAGACAGAAACAACAAGGAGGGGGGGGGGGGGGAAAUCUGAAGG